AUGCCCCAUUUUUACAGCUACUGGAAAGUAUUGGUCGAUUCAUUGGUCGUUAUAUGCUUCCAGAACUGUUUGAGCGUUGGUGAUGCUCUUCGUGAAGUGCAUGCUCGAUCCGUCAUAACCUCUGAUUUUCUGCUGCUUACAUCUCCUGUCACCAUUGCGGCGGUGGACAUCCGCUCGCAUAUUAACGAUUUCAGGGAGAUGAGGAAGGAUAAAAGCAAUGUGAUGUUGCUUUUUUAUACUGAAUGGAAAGAGAUUUGUCCCGUGAUUGCUUACCAGAAGAAGACUGGUAAGCUGAUGUUCUACCAUCAGAAAGAUAGUAGCACGCAGCUGGAUAUGAACAAGGUAUGCUGUGAUUUUGUCCCGAAAAAUGUUCCAUAUUGA